UAUCAGGAUACUACAGAACUAGCUCCGCCGGCCAGCCACAAUCUGCUCGAUGGCCUAUGUAUAACCAUCCACCAGAUGAUCCUGAUGAUACAGAUCAACAACAUGAUAGUGAUGCCAGAAACACUACAUAUCCAACAGAGUUAUACACACUUGAUGAAUUCCUAGCCGAGGAGGACAUGCUAGACUCCUUCGCCGAGGAGAUUGCUGUGGAGUUGAAGGGAACACUUGAGGCUCUUCAAGCAAGAUCACUUAGCAGGAGUGGUCCGAGGAUAUACGUGAAUAGACCGCGUGAAGAAGCACAUCAACAACUUGUACGAGAUUACUUCUGUGACAAUCCUCUCUACCGCGCCAAAAAAAUUCGGAGAAGAUUCAGGAUGAGACGACCUCUCUUUCUUCGCAUCGUCAAUGCGCUAGGUGAGUGGUCUCCAUACUUCACCACAAGGACAGAUGCGCUUAACCGUGAAGGGCUCUCUCCACUGCAAAAGUGCACGGCGGCAAUACGCCAAUUGGCUUAUGGCACACCUGCAGAUAGUCUUGAUGAAUAUCUCAAGAUUAGCGAGACUACCGCAGUUGAUUGCUUGAAGAACUUUGUGCAAGGAGUGAUUGAUACCUAUGCUGCAGAGUAUUUGCGAAGCCCCAACACUGAAGAUACAGAGCGCUUACUCUGCAUUGGCGAAGGUCGUGGGUUUCCUGGCAUGUUAGGAAGCCUGGAUUGUAUGCAUUGGCGUUGGGAAAAUGUCCUAUUGCAUGGAAGGGCCAAUUUACUCGUGGCGAUAAAGGGUGGCCUAGUCUUAUUCUGGAAGCAGUUGCUUCGCAAGAUCUCCGGAUAUGGCAUGCCUACUUUGGUAUUGCUGGGUCAAACAAUGACAUCAAUGUGCUAAAUCAAUCGCCAUUGUUUAUCAAGCAACUGAAAGGCCAAGCUCCUAGAGUGAACUUUUUUGUAAAUGAGAAGGAAUAUCAACAUGGUUAUUACCUUGUAGAUGGGAUAUACCCAGAAUGGGCAGCUUUUGUGAAGACAAUAUCAAUGCCACAAACAGAGAAGCACAAGUUGUUUGCUGCACAUCAGGAAGGGGCAAGGAAGGAUGUGGAACGUGCUUUUGGUGUUUUGCAGGGUCGAUUCUCUAUCUUGCGUCGUCCUGCACGUUUGUAUGACCGGGGUGAUAUCCAGAAGGUCAUGAUAGCUUGCAUCAUUCUUCACAAUAUGGUAGUCGAGGAUGAAAAAGAAGCGGCGGCUAAUAUUCUUGAUUUGAACAAGGAGGCGGGUACAUCCAUUGUUCUACCAUCAGUAU